GUGUCCACGCGCUGUUGUUGUGAUUGACAGACAGAAGUCAUGUUGAACUUUCGCUUCACUGUUCGUCGUCUCAAACAUGCUUUAAGUACUUAAACAGCGAUGUCCGAUAUACUGAUGAAAGAAAUGGAGAGUAUAUCGAUCAGUCCAGUAAAGCCGGAGGAGCGUCCAGCGUCAGAAGGCUCUGGGAGCUUCCUACUGGUGGAUGAACAAGAAAACCUGCAGGUCCGUGAUGAGUCAGAGUUUGUGGACAAACUAGGCUGUGGGGAAGUGGCAGGGGUCAAAGUUCUCUCCAUCUUUGGCAACACAGGCGAUGGCAAGUCUCACACCCUCAAUCACAUCUUGUUCAGCGGUAAGACUGUCUUUUACACCUCCAAGUCUCCAAGCUCCUGCACCGUGGGAGUGUGGGCUGCAUAUGACCCCACUCUCAGUCUGGUCGCCUUGGAUACCGAAGGCCUGUUGGGAGCUGCAGCCAAUCAAAACCAAAGAAUGCGGCUUCUCUUGAAGGUGCUGGCUGUAUCUGAUAUUGUGGUGUAUCGUACUCGGGCAGAGCGCCUCCACAAUGACAUGUUCCACUUCCUGAGCAGUGCCUCAGGGGCCUACCUCAAGCACUUCACACCGGAGCUGAGGGCCCUUUCCAGCCGCUGUGGUCUAGACGUGCCUCUCUCCUGUCUGGGGCCAGCUGUCAUCGUGUUCCAGGAGACGACACACACACAGUUACUGGGUCACGACUCCAAGGUGGCUGGCCAUGCUGAUACUUUGCUCCAGAGACGUUUUCAUGACCUGAACCUGGGGACUGAGGCCUUUAGUUCGGUACAGUAUGUCGGCACCCAGACCAUCACACCCCCCACUAACUACAAGGUGCUGAUGGAGGCUGUGACGCAGCAUGUGAGGAACACUCACACACGUUCCCCUCGGCAUCCUGGAAUAGUUUUUCAUGCUCUGGAAGCCUUGAGUGAGCGUUUCUGUGGAGAAUUGUCUGAUGAAAAGAUGACCCUGUACUCAUUCUUCCCUGAUGAGUAUUUCACCUGCACUGCAGUUUGUCUCAGCUGCAAUAUUCGCUGUAAAAAUGGAAUGAACCAUUUGCGAGACAGGCUCCCCCACAUGGCAGAUGGGCUGUGCCAGUACGCCCACCAGUUCAACAACAAGGUCCUUAUCUGUAAGCGAUGCUAUGAAGGAGGGAAAGAGGUAAUUGUUGUACCCAAGACAUCAGCUUCCAGUGACAACCCAUGGUUUGGUUUAGCCAAGUACGCCUGGUCAGGUUAUGUGUUGGAGUGUGCUAGCUGUGGUGUAAUCUACCGCAGCAGACAGUACUGGGUGGGAAACCAGGACCCUGAGAGCAGUGUGGUGCGAUCUGAAGUGAAGCAUGUCUGGGAGGGGACGGACACAUUUCUCACCAACCACCAGAACGCUGCUCAGCGUGUCUUGGAUGGAAUGAAUUAUGUGAUCCAGUCAGUGUCCGAGUACAGCACCGGUCCCACCAAAGCUGUUGCUGCAUGGCUCACUGACCAAGUCGCACCCCCGUACUGGAGACCCAACAUUGAAAUCACUGCCUGCCAUGGGUGCCAGAAGGUGUUUGAGGAGGCAGAGAGGAAGCACCACUGUCGUUCUUGUGGCGAGGGUUUCUGUCAUCCAUGCUCCAGCCACAGGAUGCCUGUGCCAGAGAGGGGGUGGGGCAGCAGUCCUGUCCGGGUGUGUAAGGCCUGUUACCGCCAGGGAGGCCCAUCUGACUCCAAUAGUCAGGUGUGUAAGGUGGAGCCUCGGGGUCUGAUAGCUCGCAGGGUGACAGAGGUGGCCCAGUCUACACUGGACAUGGUCACCACAGCCGUGGAUUACCCACUCUGUUUUGUGAAGGAUGUGGCUCGACCAGACUACUGGAUCCCGGAUCAGGACAUCACCCAGUGCCACGAGUGCUCCAAAGCGUUCACCCCGGUGAUGUCCAAGCACCACUGCAGGGCCUGUGGACAGGGUGUGUGCGGUCCCUGCUCUACACAUAUGAAGCCUGUACCCUCCCGAGGCUGGGACCACCCAGUCCGAGUUUGUGACAGCUGCCACGCCCGCACAGACGCCCUGUGACCUCUCCCACUCAGAGGGCUUCUUUAAGUGCGCUCAGUCUUCCUCAGACGGUCCACAAUAAACACUGUGAAUCCUGACACUGCUGCUCCGAGUGAACAAAGCAGAUCAGCUACAGAGCACUAGACGACAGAACUGGAAUCAGAUUCUCUGGAGUGAACUAAAUUCACUGAGUUCAGUUUAAAGUUCAUCAAAGAUGUGUUUUCCACCUACCAACAGAACCUACACAACAGCGAUGGUUCUCUUUCUAGAAUCUACCGUACAGCGCCACUAACUGGACAAAUGGAAAGGUGGACCCUUGUUUUUAUGUAUUCGGUAAAAAUGUAAAAAAUAUAUAUAUCUCUCUACUUCCUUCAAUUUUUAUUAACAGCAUCAGAGCCUUGACUCUUAUCUGCACUGAGGUUUGUUCCUUCCUGUUCCUUGAAUCCUGUUUGCACACCCCUGCCGCCACCUGCCUGUAGUUUAAUGGACAGAUCUGUUGGCUAAAGCACCAGGGGAAAAAGUAAAAGGGAUGACCUGUAAGGGUGUAGAUUUCUAACCCUUUUUUUUUUUUAAUAAGCCAUCAAAACCACUUGCACUGUCUUAGAAUUCAAAGCUUGAGAAAGACAAGGGUGACAUUUAUGAGGAGGCUGCAGACUGGGGGGUCAGAGGUACGUUGUGCAUUAUUUUGUGAGAAUAUGUGCUGUGCCUUAUGGGAAUAUGGAUUCCUCUUUCUAGAGCUCCUGAGCUUUGUUUUCAGAUACCCCACAAUAUGUUCAAGGGGAUUAUUUGUGCCUAAUUACAGCCUCACUCCUCUACCUUUCACUGCAUUUCUACAGGACAGUGACGCAUUUGAAAAUAAAAUUUGUAGCAUAUCAUAUAGACAUUCCAAUGUAUAGAAAUACCCAUGUAAUGAUGAAGACAUACUGUACUUCUCAGAGGUUAUUAUGAAUCAUGCCCUCUCUCUUUAGUCACUGAUGCUUCAGAAAACUCUGCAUACUAAGUCAUACUCUGAACAAUUAAUACAACUGGAUAGUUCAGUUUUUUAUGCAAAAUAAACAUUGAAUUACUUGUCCUUUAACAUGUAAAUUAUACAAGCAGUUAUGGGAAAUGUCUCUGUAUUAAACAUACAUGCAUUAAUACUGUUUUCCUUCUGUCAAUGAAUAACCAGUUGAGAUUUAAGGAUGUUUACUAAUGAAAUCUAGUAAGUGACAAUCUUGAUUUGUUUCCUUCUGAAAUCAGACCCAAAUAAAGAAGACUUUUCAGGCUACAUGUGUAUUAGUUUUUGUAAAAGUACCUCAAAGACUCUUUUCCAUGAAUUUGUCAACCAACUGAA